GCCGGCGCUCGACGCCGCGACGCCGGCCCCGGGGCCGCGCUGUUUUGUUUCGCCCUCGCGUUGUGAAGUGAAGUGAAGUAAAAUGUCCACUAGGACCCCGUUGCCGACGGUGAAUGAACGGGACACUGAGAACCACACGUCACAUGGAGAUGGGCGGCAGGAAGUAACCUCUCGCUCUGGGCGCUCUGGAGCACGGUGUAGAAACUCUAUAGCUUCCUGUGCAGAUGAACAGCCUCACAUUGGAAACUACAGGCUGUUAAAAACUAUCGGCAAGGGGAAUUUUGCAAAAGUGAAGUUGGCAAGACACAUCCUUACAGGCAGAGAGGUUGCAAUAAAAAUAAUCGACAAAACUCAGUUGAAUCCAACAAGUCUACAAAAGCUCUUCAGAGAAGUAAGAAUAAUGAAGAUUUUAAAUCAUCCAAACAUAGUGAAGUUAUUCGAAGUCAUUGAAACUGACAAAACACUCUACCUAAUCAUGGAGUAUGCAAGUGGAGGUGAAGUGUUUGACUAUUUGGUUGCACAUGGAAGAAUGAAGGAAAAAGAAGCAAGAGCUAAAUUUAGACAGAUCGUGUCUGCAGUGCAGUACUGCCACCAGAAGCGGAUCGUUCACAGAGACCUCAAGGCUGAAAAUCUAUUGUUAGAUGCUGAUAUGAACAUUAAAAUAGCUGACUUUGGUUUUAGCAAUGAAUUUACUGUUGGCAGUAAACUGGAUACGUUUUGUGGCAGUCCUCCGUAUGCGGCCCCAGAGCUCUUCCAGGGCAAGAAAUACGACGGGCCAGAAGUGGACGUGUGGAGCCUCGGCGUCAUUCUUUACACUCUAGUCAGCGGGUCGCUCCCCUUUGAUGGGCAGAACCUAAAGGAACUGAGAGAGCGAGUAUUAAGAGGGAAAUACAGAAUCCCUUUCUACAUGUCCACAGACUGUGAAAACCUUCUCAAACGUUUCCUGGUGCUAAAUCCAAUAAAACGAGGCACUCUAGAGCAAAUCAUGAAGGACAGGUGGAUCAACGCAGGGCAUGAGGAUGAUGAGCUGAAACCGUUUGUUGAACCAGAACUGGACAUCUCAGACCAGAAAAGAAUAGACAUUAUGGUGGGAAUGGGAUACACACAAGAAGAAAUUCAAGAAUCUCUUAGUAAGAUGAAAUAUGAUGAAAUCACAGCUACAUAUUUAUUGUUGGGGAGAAAAUCUUCAGAGCUGGAUGCUAGUGAUUCCAGUUCUAGCAGCAAUCUUUCACUUGCUAAGGUUAGGCCGAGCAGCGACCUCAGCAACAGUACUGGCCAGUCUCCUCACCACAAAGUGCAGAGAAGUGUCUCUUCAAGCCAGAAGCAGAGGCGGUACAGUGACCAUGCUGGACCAGCUAUUCCUUCAGUUGUGGCAUAUCCAAAAAGGAGUCAGACCAGCACUGCAGACAGUGACCUCAAGGAAGACGGAGUUCCCUGCCGGAAACCAGGCACCAGUGCUGUUGGAGGAAAGGGGGUUGCUCCAGCCAGUCCCAUGCUCGGGAACGCAAGUAACCCUAACAAGGCGGAUAUCCCGGAACGGAAGAAGAGCUCCACUGUCCCUAGUAGUAAUAUGGCAUCUGGUGGAAUGACGCGACGGAAUACUUAUGUUUGCAGUGAAAGAACUACAGCUGAUAGACAUUCAGUAAUUCAGAAUGGCAAAGAAAACAGCCUGACAGAAAUGUUCGCUUACGCAGCUAGCCCUGCCUCUGUUUGUAAGACAUCUUCCACCUGUCGGCUGAGACAUCAGAAGUCGAUGUCCAUGUCAGCCUCUGGGCACCCCAAGAUGAUGUUACCUCCAAUAGACAGUGAAGGAGAUAACUUCAAGGCUAUCACUGUUCCUGGCCAGAGAGCUCCGGUUGCUUCAACACACAGUAUUAGCAGCACCACCACCCCAGAUCGAGCCCGGUUCCCGAGAGGUACCGCCAGCCGUAGCACUUUCCACGGUCAGCCCCGGGAGCGGCGCACUGCCACGUACAAUGGCCCACCUGCCUCGCCCAGCCUGUCCCACGAAGCCACACCGUUGUCACAGACUCGAAGCCGGGGCUCCACUAAUCUUUUUAGUAAAUUAACUUCCAAACUCACAAGGAGAAACAUGUCAUUCAGGUUUAUCAAAAGGCUUCCAACUGAAUAUGAGAGGAACGGGAGAUAUGAGGGCUCCAGUCGCAACGUGUCUGCUGAGCAGAAGGAGGAAAACAAAGACGCAAAACCUCGUUCCCUGCGCUUCACCUGGAGCAUGAAAACCACUAGUUCCAUGGAUCCCAAUGACAUGAUGCGGGAAAUCCGCAAAGUGCUGGACGCCAAUAACUGCGACUAUGAGCAGAGAGAGCGCUUCUUACUCUUCUGUGUCCACGGCGAUGGGCACGCGGAGAACCUCGUGCAGUGGGAGAUGGAGGUGUGCAAGCUGCCAAGACUGUCUCUGAACGGGGUCCGGUUUAAGCGGAUAUCAGGGACGUCCAUAGCUUUCAAAAAUAUCGCUUCCAAAAUUGCCAAUGAGCUAAAGCUGUAACCCAGUAUAAUUAUGGUGUAAAUUAAGUAGCAAUUUAAAGUGUUUUCCUGAACACUGAUGGAAAUGUAUAGAAUAAUAUUUAGGCAAUAACGUCUGCAUCUUCUAAAUCAUGAUAUUAAAGUAUAAGGACGAGCGCACGCCUGGGAGCGAAAGCUGGCCUUUUUUCUACGAAUGCACUACAUUAAAGACGUGUGACACGCGUGCCCUCUGUCUUCUUUCCGUUGCCUGAAGUCAGUGUGUGACACCCGUCCCCACGGGCCUCCUGUCUGUGCGGGUGUGAGAGCAGACGCUGUGCGUGUGUGUCGUCUACAGAAGCAUCUCCGUACACUGGCAACCAGAGUUUCUAUGAGUACCUCUGUGGGAGAUUAUUUGGUGCUAAAACAUUAAAAUUGCCAAGGAGGAAAAUACUGAAUUACUACUAAGAAUUAACUUUAAGACUAGUUGAUAAUUAAUGCAGGUUUACAGUUCAUGCCUGUGGUUUUGUGUUUGAUGUUUUGUGUUUUUUUGUUUUUUUUUUUUAGUGCAAAAGGUUUAAAUUUAUA